AUGUCCCUCCUCCUUCACAUUCUUCAACCUGCAAUAUUCCCCCCGGCCUUUGCUAGCAAUGCCUUCCCGCUCAAUGGCCCGUUUGCCUUUUUCAUCCGGAUAGUCCGGCUCUUCUACUCUUUGCUUGUCCUCCCUCUGGCGAUUAUCUCCGCUUUUCUUCCAACUUCUGUAACUGGAAUGAAUCAUGCCUCCUGGAACUUUGCCCAGACACUCCUCCUCCGACUUAGCUCUCAGCUUCUCUGGGCUAUUGGCUAUGGCAUCCCACCAAGAUUUGUCAAUCGCGAUCGCCCUACCAUCCCUACCCGUCCACGAUCUGUGGUCAUUCCCAACACCACUGACAUCAGCUCUUGCUCGAUGACAGUUCCGCCCAGUAACUCACGGUAUCGCAAGGGGAUCCUUGCAGACGAGGAACUCACUACACCCACCGAAAUCAAGUGCUAUUGGACGUCGGCUGGCAAAUGUUCGGACGAGCAGCUGACACGUCAGCCACAGGAGGGAGAAAAGAUCAUCGUGUAUCUAGUCGGCGGUGAGCGCGCUGCCGUCUUUCAAGAUCCUCUCCUUACUCUCGUACCAGGCGGAUACUUAACUGGAGAGCCCUUAAAGUUUCCCCUCCCCUGGACCUUGGCACAGAAGACGAAUCUUCGUGUUAUGUCUGUGAGCUACCGCAAGGCGAAUACCGACCCAUCCAAUGCCUUUCCCGCUGCGCUGCACGAUGUGGUUUCUGCGUGGUCUCAUCUGAUCUCUGUUGGGUUUCAUGCCGAGAACAUAUUCAUUUCCGGAGACUCUGCAGGUGCAGGACUAGCUGUCACCUUUGCGCUGUACUUGUGCUUGUGCCAUCUGCCUCGACCCGCUGGUCUCAUACUGUACAGCCCAUGGCUGGAUCUGACUCUUUCGCAUCCGGCCGUCAGUGACAAUCAUCGCCAUGAUCAGUUGACGAGCGAUCUCAUCCAAACGGGCGCUCGAGUCUACACUCAGAACUUCCCGCUUGUCUACACCGACCCAGCCAUGUUGGAUGCGUACCGAUUCAACGAUGCGGAAUACUUGCUCUCCACCCAUUCAUUCGAUAAGCUUGGUCCGCGACAUCCGCUCUUAUCUCCUGCGCUGUUGUCAGCACGCUCGCCGCUCAUUCCCUCUUUGUCGGAAACGCGAUUCUUCAUCUCGUACGGAUCCGUGGAGCGCUUCGCGGGCGAGAUCGAAAUGUUUGUUACCAUUUUGAAGAACGGAGGCGUCGAAGUGGUCAUUGAUGUCGAAGAAGGUGGUUGGCACAACAGCACUGCAGACGCUAUUGGCGGAAAGCAGGUUGCCGUGGAAAGAGCUGCGCAGAAAGUUUUCGAGUUUGUAUGCCCAGAAACUCAAUCCAGCACAGUCUGA